CCCGAGCUGCAAGGGUGGGACUCCGCCCUGUGGGCGGGGCGUCUCCGGUGGACGGAACCCUUGACUGGCUCCCUCCUCCCGGAACUUCCUGGAUCCUGAGCGUGCAAGUGGCGUCACCUGGAGCGUGAGCAGCUGCGCGAGGAUAGCCGAGAAAUUCAUGUGGAGCCUCCUGUGGGCCAAGUGCUGGAGAUGUAGAGAAUUAGACACACGCUCUGCACUCAAACAGAAAAUCUGGUAGGGGCCCAAAGCAUGGAAAUAAUUUUAACAUAAGCAGCAACUUCAAGAAGAACCAAGAACAAUGGCCAAGAACAAACUAAGAGGGCAGAAGUCCAGGAAUGUAUUCCACAUAGCCAGCCAAAAAGGCUUUAAGGUUAAAAAUAAAGCAAAACCAGUUACCACUAAUCUUAAGAAGAUAAAGAUUGUGAAUGAUGAAAAAGUGAACAGAAUGAACAAAGCCUUUAUAGAUAUACAAAAGGAACUUGCACAUUUCUCAAGAGGCCUUUGCCUUGAACCUCUGCAGAAACAGCUGAUUCCUGAGCAGCGUCGCGAAGACAAACCAGUUAACGUUGAUGAAGCUACAAGAUUAAUGGCUCAGCUGUAAUACACCAGUCAUGCAGUAAAUUCCCCAAAUAGACCAAUAAAUUAAAUGUUUCAUACAAUUUUAUUUUUUAAAAUCUUGUUAAUGUACAGGCAUUGGCACAUUUUCCAAACAAACUACAUAAACAGGCUCUUUCCUAUAAUCUAGGAAAGUGGAAUGUCAGAAGUCAACAAAAUGUGAAAAACUUAAAGUGCUAAAACAGAAGGCACUUCACAAAAUCUGUUCACUGAAACAGUUAAUAUAUCCUAGUUUACACCCUUCACUUUAUAAGUGGCAGUGAAUCUCUGUUUGGUUUGGAGGACACACAGAAAUGUGGACAGACUCUUGGCAGUAAAAAUAUAAGACAGACAAAUGAUGAGCCCUUGGCCAACUUUUUUUUUUUUUUGAUGACCUUAAGUCUACUUUAACUUUCCUCUCAUAUGAGGAAAAAA